AUGUCAACCGGAAACAGGGCACUAUCUGGAGUCUGCGAACACAUUCUGUACUUCCUCUCCUAUACAGUCUUCGUCCUCUUCCUUCCUGUGUCAGUUUUCGUCUGCCUAAAGGUUGUGCAGGAGUAUGAACGCGCCGUAAUCUUUCGACUGGGUCGUGUGAUGCCUGGCAGUAUGAAGGGACCAGGGAUAUUUUUGUGCCUACCCUGCGUGGAGGAGUGCUUUAUGGUGGAUCUGAGAACAAUCACGUUUGAUAUUCCGCCUCAAGAGAGUCUGCAAAAGUGUCUGGCUGGAGGUGAUGAGGAGAGGGAGGUCUUUGAGGAUUUGCAAUUACUACUGCAGUAUCAGUCGAGCCUUCUUAAUUAUUUCCACGAAAAUAAUGCAGAAAAGGGGGGUCGUCUUCGGCCGUCUAAAUGA